CCGCUGAACCAACCACCACUAGUCCAUUACCACAGAAAGUCAGAAGAGAUCACCGGAAAUAUUCCGUAACCUCUCCGCCGUCGCGAGGGAGGAAUCAGAUAAGAUAACCGCCGGAAAAAUGAAUUACCGCUUCGCAUCCCUCGCUUUCCGAUCACUGAAAUCCACCCGCCACUCUCUCUAUCCACAGUCCUUCUCCUCCUCAUCUUCCGUCCCGCCUUCCUCCCCUGCUACUCAUCAAUACCCUCAGACAUUGGAGGGAUUGCGGAGCAGGCUAGCCGCCGAGUCGCCGACGCUUGGAAGCUUCAUUCGGCUCCAAUCGGAUAAGGAGUACUCCGUCGAGGUCGGGACGAAGAAGAAGCCGCUGCCGAAGCCGAAGUGGAUGAAGGAAGCGAUCCCUGGAGGAGAGAAGUACACGCAAAUUAAGAAGAAGUUGAGGGAGUUGAAGCUCCACACAGUUUGUGAAGAGGCUAAAUGUCCUAAUCUCGGAGAAUGCUGGUCCGGCGGUGAAACUGGAACUGCCACGGCCACCAUUAUGAUACUUGGCGAUACUUGUACUCGAGGUUGCAGGUUCUGCAAUGUGAAGACUUCACGCACUCCACCCCCUCCUGACCCGAAUGAACCAUCCAAUGUGGCUGAGGCAAUUGCUUCAUGGGGUUUGGAUUAUGUUGUGAUCACUAGUGUUGACCGUGAUGAUUUACCCGACCAAGGAAGCGGUCAUUUUACAGAGACAGUACAGAAGCUUAAGGCAUUGAAACCAAAUUUGCUCAUAGAAGCACUGGUUCCGGACUUUAGAGGGGAUCGUAGUUGUGUUGAGAAAGUUGCAAAGUCUAGAUUAGAUGUUUUUGCUCAUAAUAUUGAAACAGUUGAAGAGCUCCAGAGUGUUGUACGAGAUCACCGUGCUAACUUUAAGCAGUCCAUGGAUGUCUUAAUGAUGGCAAAGGACUAUGCUCCUGCUGGUACGCUCACCAAGACAUCAAUAAUGUUGGGCUGUGGAGAAACACCAGACCAAGUUGUUAAAACAAUGGAAAAGGUACGCGCAGCAGGUGUUGACGUAAUGACGUUUGGUCAGUAUAUGAGACCCUCAAAGCGCCACAUGCCUGUAUCAGAGUACAUUACUCCUGAGGCUUUUGAGAAGUAUCAAGUCCUUGGGAUGCAAAUGGGAUUUCGAUAUGUGGCAUCUGGUCCCAUGGUCAGAUCAUCAUACAAGGCAGGAGAAUUUUACAUUAAGUCUAUGAUUGAAUCAGAUCGUGCUGCAUCUUUGGUCUAAACUCCGGCAUCUGACCAUAAAUUAUACUCCAUUGCAGUACAUUUGGCCUUUACUGAUUCUUUUAAUGAUUAUUUAGUCAUCUUGGUGCUAGCAAAGUGACCGUUCAUCUACAGCAAUGGCAGGUAUCCUCUAUCAGAGUGGAUAUUCAUGUGAAUGAUAUCUUGUUCUAAAUAUCUUAGGUUGCCUGGAACCAUCACAGCCCCGUCUUUCAAAAUAAACUCUUGUAUAUGUACAUUGGUUGAAAUUCAUGUUUGCACUAGCCAUUUCUCUA